GUUGCACCCUGCUGUUCUAUGAGACCUAUGGGAAGAAUUCCAUGGAUCAGAGCAGUGCCCCUCGGUGCGCACUGUUUGCACAAGACAGCAUAGUGCAGUCUGUCCCAGAACAUCCCAAGAAGGAAAACGUGUUCUGCCUCAGCAACUCCUUUGGAGAUGUCUACCUUUUCCAGGCCACUAGCCAGACAGAUCUGGAAAAUUGGGUCACUGCCAUACAUUCAGCUUGCGCAUCCCUUUUUGCAAAGAAGCAUGGGAAAGAGGACACGGUUCGGCUCCUGAAGAACCAGACCAAGAACCUCGUUCAGAAGAUAGAUAUGGACAGCAAGAUGAAAAAGAUGGCAGAGUUACAGCUGUCCAUCGUGAGUGACCCGAAGAAUAGGAAGGCCAUAGAAAACCAG